AGUGUACAGGUUAGUAUGGCCUAAGACAGGCUCCUCGGGCUUGGAAUGCCAAACUUGAUUUGACUCUCAAGCAGAUGGGUUUUGAGCAGAAUGUAUAUGAGGCUGCCAUGUACAGGAAAGGCUCAGGUGAUUCUUUGCUGGUAAUUGGAGUCUAUGUUGAUGAUUUGAUCAUCACUGGAGUCAAUCAACAGAAGCUUGAAGUUUUCAAGGCAAAAAUGAAGCAGACAUUCGAAAUGAGUGAUUUGGGUCUGUUGUCUUUCUAUCUUGGGGUUGAGGUAAGACAAUCAGAGGGAAGUAUUACUCUGAAACAGACUCAUUAUGCUAAGAAGAUACUUGAGCUCGGUGGUAUGGCAGAUUGUAAUCCAGCCACCACCCCCAUGGUAGAAAGGCUGAAAUUGAGCAAGGAAAGUACAGCAAAGGAAGUAAAUCCAACUCAGUACAGAAGACUGGUUGGCAGCUUGAGAUAUCUAGUGCACACAAGGCCAGAUUUGGCUUUUGCUGUAGGGUAUGUUAGCAGAUUUCUGGAGAAGCCAACAGCUGAACAUCUUCAGGCUGUAAAAAGAAUCUUGAGAUAUGUGGUUGGUACUCUAGAUCAUGGGCUAUGCUAUACUAGAAUGACAGGCAAGGCAAGAUUUGUGGGUUAUAGUGACUCAGACUUGGCUGGAGAUAUUGAUACAAGUAAAAGCACUACUGGAUGUUUGUUUUUCCUUGGAAACAGUCUGGUCAGCUGGCAAUCUAUCAAGCAGAGAGUUGUUGCCUUGUCAAGCUGUGAGGCUGAAUAUCUGGCAAUGACAACAGCUGCAACCCAAGCCUUGUGGUUGUCAAGCCUGUUUGCAGAAUUAUUGGGAAGAGAAGUUGAGGUGGUGGAACUUAGAGUAGACAAUAAAUCUGCUCUAGCUUUGGCAAAGAAUCCUGUUUUCCAUGACAGGAGCAAACAUAUUAGAAUCAAGCAUCACUUCAUCAGGGACUGUGUGGAAGAAGGUAGCAUCAAAACAGAAUUUAUUCCCACUGCAGAUCAGCUUGCUGAUAUACUGACCAAAGCCUUGGGCAAGACCAAGUUGGAAGAUAUGAGAAGCAGAAUUGGGAUCAAGGAGAUCAAGAUCAGUUGAAACAGGCCUUAGGGGGAGAAAUGUUGUUAUUAAGUCAUGUUUCCUAAGCAUGUCCUGUUUCCUAAGCAUUCUCCUAGUUACUUGUGCUAGUUAAUUAUAGUCAUUAAAGACCUUGAGCAGCUCAACAGGUGUGUGCGGCUGCCAAGGCUCCUAUCAGAUUAGCUAAGCUCUAAUGAGCUGUUAUGUAAUCAAUGUGACUCAUCUUUCUAUAUAAUCAAGCAAUGAUAGCUGAGGUUCAUAGCCCCGGCAAAACACUCUGUCUACCUCUAACACAAACACAUGUUAGAAUGAAAUGACUUUUGAUGAUUACUAUUCUGCUUUUUUCUCGAACACGCAGGAGAAUUGUGUAUCAUUAUAUUAAAAGGAGAAAGAAACAAGGUCCAAAAUAGACCGGAUUACUAUUCUGCUUUUGAUCUUUUGAUGAGUUCUUUGCUAUCUAUGGUGCCAGCCUGUGCAACUAAUCCAUGUCUGGCUCAUAAGUUUAUUGAAAAGUUCUUUAGAUACAUAUUUGUUAUGGGGGUUCGGGUUGAAUAUGACUCUUCGUGCACGAUUGCUCCACAGUUCUGAUAUUCUCACAAUGGCAAAGGCAUUGUCUGAUCUACUUGCUGAAGAGACUCGCCUCAAAGCCGUGUCUUCUGCUACUGGUUCUAGCACUCAGUGUGUUGGCUGCUGCUCACAAGUCAUAUGUAGCAAGUUAUUCCUCGGUACCUUGUGAGCAUUGCAAGAAUACUCAUCGGUCUGAAAAUUGUUUUGUUAAAUUUCCAAAGAAGUUGGUUGAUUUCCAUGCACGACGGGCAGCUCGUGGUCGUGGCACAGGUUCUUCACCUAGAGGUUCAAUUGCUAUUGCUUCUACUUCACCAGCUACAGCCUCCUCAUUGUCUUGAGCUCUUGACUCAAGGGCCUCCUUUCAUGUGACAUCUGAUCAGUCACAGUUAGUCUCUUCUACACUUGUCACAGAAGAUGCCUCUGUUCUGACCGCAUAUGGUACUUUAUGCCAUAUAACCCACAAGGGUUCUCUUUGCACUCCUCAGUUUAUUGUUCCUAAUAUAUAUUUUGCUCCUGAGUUGUCCAUGAAUCUUCUCUCUGUUGGACAAAUUACAGACCAAAAUUGCUUUGUUGGAUUUGAUGACUCAUCUUGUUUCAUACAGGAUCGUCGCACAGGGGCUGUGAUUGGGACUGGUCGUCGUCGUAGCACUGCUCCUCACCUCUACUUCCUCGACAGCUUGUGUCUUUCAUCGACUUCAUCAUCUUCGACUCGUGUGCUUUCUGCAGCUUCAGUCCGUGCUGCCUCUUUUGCCCAAUGGCAUCACCAUCUAGGUCAUUUGUGUGGCCCGCGGUUGUCCACCUUAAUAAAAUCAAGUUGUUUAGGUCGUACGUCAUCUGAAUCUAUCUUUCAUUGUAAGGGUUGUCAUCUUGGAAAAAUACAACUUCCUUAUUUUACUAGUGAUUCUCAUUCUGCUAGACCAUUUGAUCUUGUUCACUCUGAUGUUUGGGGCCCAGCUCCAUUGGUUUCAAAAGGUGGAAAUAAAUAUUAUUGUUGGAAGAAUGACUGUUGGAUUAACUGGGCAACCCUAGGGGGUGGCUAUAUAGGGUUUAUACAUGGGCCACAUGGGCUUAGCCUCAUGGGCCUAAUCCACAUAUUCUAACACCCCCCGCAGUCUGAACUUCCGUCGCAGCGGAGUUUACAGACUGGACUCGAAGAGAAGUGCAUCACACACAAUAGGAUCCCCCCACAGACUCAACUAGCCACUACUGAUGUUGAGGCUAGAGCGAAACUCGGCGAAGGUCGAGGACGGAAGACCCUUGGUGAAGAUGUCGGCAAACUGGGAGGUGGUCGGGACGUGGAGGACCCGAACAGCACCGGCGGCGACAUAAUCGCGGACGAAGUGUAGAUCGAUCUCUACAUGCUUGGUCCGCUGGUGCUGCACUGGGUUGGUGGAGAGGUAGACCGCGCUGACGUUGUCGCAGUAGACUAGCGUGCUCCUGGAGAGGGGACUAUGAAGCUCGGCGAGGAGCUGCCGUAGCCAGGCAGCCUCCGCCACGCCGUUGGCCACGGCACGGUACUCCGUCUCGGCACUCGAGCGGGAAACGACCAGCUGGCGCUUCGACGACCAGGACACCAGGUUGCCGCCUAUGAAGACGGCGUAGCCGGAGGUGGAGCGCCGAGUGUUUGGGCACCUGGCCCAGUCAGCGUCGGUGUAGACGACCAGCUCGGAGGAGGUAGACCGAUGAAGCAGCCCCUAGUCGACGGUGCCCUGAAGAUAGCGGAGGAGGCGCUUGAGCCACGAGGUGGGGCUCCCGUGGAUCGUGCAUAUGGAGACAGACCUGCUGCAAGGCGUAGGAGAUGUCUGGCCUGGUGAAGGUGAGGUACUGAAGGGCACCGGCAAGACUCCUGUAGCCGGUGGGGUCCGCGACUGGGUCACCUGUGGCCUCAGAGAGCUUGGCCUGCGUGUCGACUGGGGUGGAGCAGGGCUUGCAGUCACUCAUCUGGGCUCGCUCCAGAAUGUCAAGAGUGUACUGUCACUGGUGAAGGAGUCCUGAGGGGCGAGGCUCAGCAGUGACCCCCAGGAAAUGGUGAAGCACGCCCAGAUCCUUGACCGCAAACUCCCGCUGAAGUGCGUCGACGAGGCGGCGAAGAAGUGACGGGCUGAGUGAGGACAAUGUCAUCCACGUAGAGAAGCAAGUAGGCAGUCUCGGCUCCAUGAUGGUGGACGAACAGAGACGUGUCUGACUUGGCCUCCACGAAGCCCAGGGUCACCAGGAACGUAGCCAGUGAGUGCCACGCCCGGGGGGCCUGCUUGAGACCGUAGAGGGACCUGUUGAGCCGUCAAACCUUGUCAGGGCGAGAGGAGUCCACAAACCCCGCCGGCUGACAGCAGUAGACGGUCUCGGUGAGGGCGUCGUGCAGGAAGGCGUUCUUGACGUCGAGCUGGUGAACUGGCCAGGAGCGAGCGAGGGCCAGCGAGAGCACCGUACGGACGGUGGCCGGCUUCACAACCGGGCUGAAGGUCUCAUCGUAGUCGACUCCGGGGCGCUCCAGGGUACCAUCGGCCCGCCGCUUGUGUGUCCAGAUCCACUUGCCGGUGACGACGUUGGUGCCGGGCGGACGGGGCACCAGAUCCCACGUCUGGUUGGCGACGAGCACCGCGUACUCCUCCUCCAUCGCCCGACGCCAGUGGGGGUCCAGCAGGGCGGUGCGGACGGAGGAGGGUACCGGAGAAACCUGCGAGUCUCCGGUCGUGGCCGCCAGGACUCGGGGCGGCAGGGUACCAGCCGCGUGCCGCGUCACCAUCGGGUGGACGUGUCGCGGUCGCGGUGAAGGAGCGGUGGGUGGUACAUCGGCGUCUCAACACGUGCCGCGGAUGGCCGCGGCGGAGGUGUAGGUGUCCCUGGCGAGGACUGGGCCACCGGCGGUGCCGCCGGAGGAGAGGUCACCGGUGGGGACGGCGAUGGUGGUCGCGACGGUGGAGGUGCGAACCCCGGCGGCGGCAGCCGGCGCUGGUAGACGCGCACCAGCUGGGCGAAGCGGGCCGGAGGGGUCGGUACCAACGGCCCCGCAGGCGGUGCAGUCCCACCACCCCCGCUCGGCCCGGGGGCGAUCGGAGACGGGGCCCCACGAAGAGGCGACACCACCGGACCCGGGCAAGGCACCAGGCCGGUAGUAGGACCGACAGGCG